UGCGUCACCAUGCAGAACAACAUAAAAGCCACGCUCUGAGUGCCCCUUAGCCAGACACAGCAAGAAGCAGAAAGAUAAUUCACUCCAAGACUCAACUGAGAUCCAAACGAAAAUGAAGCUUGCAGUGUCUUCACUUCUCGUGUGCCUGAUGCUGUGCAUGAAAUACUCUCAAGCUGCGCCAAACCCACGAUGCCUGUGCAUUACAUCAUCAUCGAACUUCAUCCCCGUGAAGAUGCUGAGAAACAUCGAAGUGAUUCCCAAGAGUUCGCGCUGCAACAAAGUGGAAGUCAUUGCGACCCUCAAAACAAAUAUAGAUCAAAAGAUCUGUCUGAGUCCAGCUGCCCCAUGGGUGAAGGCCCUCGUCAGCAAAUUACUCAACAGGUCCCAGACGUCACCCCAUCGAAAGUGAAAUGAUAUCUUACUUGAAGCUCAUCGAAGCUCUCGUGAAGAGCAGAAUAUAUGAGGAAGCACCGCAGCCUUACUCAGUGGUUAUUAGCACAAACAAACUUGAGCAGAAUUGACCAUACUAUGAAGUACAUGCUAUUUACUGAAGUUAUGAGUGGUAGAUCAGAUGUUUUAUGGCAGCAAGUAAGGUGACAGUCCCUAUAUAAGGGGCCCUAGAACGGUGGCUUGUUAUGAGCCACAGCCGGCGAAAUAUUUGACAUUCCUUUAGCUAUUUUUUUGGGAAGAGUCGUUUGAAUGGCCAAUGAGAUGCUUAAUUAUGCAUCCCUAUAUUUGGAUACAAAAUUUGUAUUUGAUUCUAUCUGAACUGAUUCAUACCGGCAAAACAUUCAGAUAGAUUUAAAUUAGCUGCAUGUAAAAAAAAGUAUAACUUUGUAAAACAUUUUUUAUUGAUUAUUUCUCUGAAAUAUUCUUGGUUCUUUCGGUAAAGUCACAUAGAAGGGAAACAAUAAAAUAAUAAAAAUAUAAAGCUUUAAAUCAAAAUUUAUUUUUUUUCAAUAUUUUUUUUGGGUGGGAUGCUGCCCCAAUCUUUUAUAUUGAUUGUGUGCAUUUCGUGAUUGAUGGUGUAUAUUUUGUGAGUGUUUUGUGUGUGUUAUGAUUGUAUGUAUGUUGAACAUCUUUCGCACCAUACGUAGCCAACCGUUCAAUACAGACCAGCCUCCAAUGCGUUGUUGCACGUUAUACUGUAUGUGUAUAUGCAAUUGUAACCAGGCUUACUUUUGUACUGUGAUGGAAUUAUUUCCAGUAACUGCCAUUGCGGCGUCUCACCAUGAUGGUGCAUGGUAACUUGUGGUUCCUGGAAUAUUUGCACUGAAAGUUGAAUCCUCAGCUUCAAGCUCAGAGUGCAGUUUAGUCUCGGGGCGUCACUGGUGCUUACUUUAUUGAGGGCGAUAUUGGCACGUCAAAUUAAUAUUGGUUGCUUGAUUGACUGUGAGUCGAAUAUUCAUCGUGAUUGGUAUUGUUCAAAGUAAGGAUGGCCACUGAACUUAAGUUCCUAACCAUGAAAUUUACGUUUUUGCUUUGCAGCCCUUUAAAUUACUUCGUGUGCGUGAAUGUCACUUUUUGUGUUCAUGGAACAUUUUAUAUUUAUAAGAGUAGGCCGCACCUCCGAUCAGCACGGUUGGCUACAUACGGUGCGAAAGAAGUUCUAACCAACAUACACAAAGAAGAAUGUAAUUAUUUUUUUUUAUUUUGGAGCAUCAGUACAGUAUUUUAAGUCAUGAUUGUAGUUGAGAUGUGGGUCUCCUUUGGAGGGAGAUGUCGGUCUCUAGCCCUAUGACAGAUGCAUGGGUGCAAGUCGACCAGAAUGCUGAAUGUUAAAUAUUGUUUUCAUGUCAUUUACGUCCCAGUACAAUACCGCUUUCAAUAACAUGAAUUUUCUUAAGAUUCUGAAUGCAACUGCAUCUCAAAAACACUGCACAGCAAAAGUGCGCAUUUGUAUUCUCUAGAGAGAGGAUAUCAGUCAUAGGAAGAGGAAAGAGGGAAUGUCUUGAAGGCCUGGACAUUAUUGGGGGAAUGGAGUUCCAGACCAUGCCGAGUGUUUUGUCAAAUCAUCGCUGUGCUUGCAGUCAUGUAUCAGCGACACCUGAUGUAGGUAGGAAGCAAAAGUGGAGACAUACCUCGGCACAGAUCGAUAUUGAAGCGAACACGCAGGCUUCAUACAUUUGGUAGGGCGUUUUACAUCUUCAACGUUGUAAAUGCAAUCAUUCUUUGGCGAAAGACUUUGAAGACAAAGUAUGCCAGAUAUCGUGUACGUUAAAUGAAAAGUGUGCAUUCAUACAGUAUUUAAAAGUUGACACCUGUCACACUGUAAUUAAUAAAAAACUGCCGUCUUUUUUUUUAAACAUAGUAAACCUUUCUUUAUAUUGUAUAUGUAUGUGAAAAAAUGUUAAAUUGUCUCACUGUAUUAUUUAAUGUUGUAUGUAACAAGACGUUUUUUUAAGCCCAACCCCCUUCUCCACCUGUCCCCGGCCAGCUGGGGUCGAGAGUUAAAAUUCAUUUUCCGGAGCUCCAUCGGAAACAAAGCCCUGCUUUAAAUUUCGAUUGCUUUGUUGAUUAACAUUUUCUAAUAAACCGUCGAAAUGUGA